ACUCUUGCCAAUGAAGUUUGCUCUUUCAUAUAGUUAGCUUUCGGUUUCCUAUGAGCUGACGAAACUCAAAGCUCUUAUGCAAAGUCGAAUUCUGACAAGCAUCACGUUGAAACCUUAACCAACAUUCACAAUUGAAUCUUAUCACAAAUUAUCAGAGCUUGUUCAAUUCGGGGCUUUAAAAUCGCACGCACGCCAAGCUAAUAAGAAAACUACAUCCUAGGUUAGAAAUGAAAUCAAUCAAAUAAUUGAAAUUUUAUCAAAAUUCCACUGAACACUGAAACUAAAACUAACCACUGAUUAGCAAACCUUGAAACUGAUUAAACAUCAUUUUAUUACACCUAGGAGACUUUAUAUCUUGUUAUAAUUUUGUAUUCGAGGCGAAACUGAUGCAUUGGUUACAAUACGUAUAGAAUCGAUCAAACUUAUUUUUUAAUUCUUCGUGUGACCUUUCGGUAACUUUUUGGGAACGAUGGCUGAACAGUUUGCCCGGUUUGUUCGGGGCAUUGACCUCGGACAAGAGGGCGACGGAAUCGACCGGCUUCAUUUCGGCAGGACUCCCAUGGUCUGCAUGUUCUUCAGCGGGUUCCUUGUCCUCAUCAAGUACAUGCAGAUCCGACCUAUGCUUUGCUGGGUUCCUUACGAGUUCACGAAUGACAAUUGGGUCGAAUACGCAACGUAUUAUUGUUACGUUUCGAACACGUUUUUGCCUGCGAGUAAAGACGUCUUCGCGUACGAGACUAUUAAUGAAAUCGAGUCAGGUGAUGUCGUGUGGUUGAGAUACUACCAAUGGGUUCCUUUGAUCUUCAUCUCGGUCGCCAUCAUCUUCUACCUCCCCCGACUCUUGUGGCAAGGAGUCUUGGAAUCGGAGGGUAUCAACAUAACUGCGAUGGUCAGGAGUGUGAAUGGAUUCGAGUCUGCUCUCAAUUCUCAGAAUCGAGACAAGCAGAUCAGUUUUCUGGCUAAGUACAUGCUGGCUCAUUUCAAGUCUAAGAAGAAGACAACUGGAAACAGCGCAUUGAAGAAGUGUCUUGGCAAAGUGUGUUUCUUCUCGAGGAGUGACGCCUCCUAUGUUGGGAGGAUGUACCUGCUCCUCAAACUCCUCCAGGUGUCCGUCUCCAUCGGGGUCCUCUUCAUCAUGAAUCUCUGGCUGGACGGAUUCCACUUUUAUGGCAUCAAUGUUUUGAUGUCUGCUUUCCAGGGCACAUACAACCAGACUCACGCGUUCCCUCUGAUUUCAAUCUGCGAGAUGAACAAACGUGAUUUGGGAGACGACAAGACCUUCAGGUUCCAAUGUCUGCUGACCAUGAAUCUGUUUAACGAGAAGAUCUUCGUGCUCUUCUGGUUCUUCCUCGCCUACGUGGCCAUAGUGACCAUAAUCAACGCCUUCUUCUGGUUCAUGAAGGUGUUGAGGACUAACAACAGGGAAGUGUACAUUAAGACACUCCUGCGACUGUCAAAAAGCGCUGAGAUUGAUUUCGACAACGAGGACCACAAGACGCUAUUGCGGGAGUUUGUGCAGAAGUUCCUGAAGCCAGACGGCGUGUUCACCUUCCGACUGAUCAACGCCAACACGACCACAGUUGUGAUGCACGAGAUCACUGGCAAACUGUGGAACAUGUGGAAGGAGGAUAAGGAGAGGCGAGACCAGCUACUGGCUGUCAAGACCAACAAGGACGAAGAACGACUUAACCAUUAAAUGAAAAUUAUAUAAGCAGAAGAUAAUUUUGUUUUAAGGCUCUUUUACUGACCAUUUCAUUAUUUCCUGUCCGACCAAACGGCCUUUAAAAUAUAUA